UGUUGCUUCGUGGUGGCGCAGCUGUUGCCACGGCGACCGCACUCACAAGUUAUAGUGGUAGAAGCUAACUGAACUUUUAAUCAGGAGACAAGCUUUCGAGCGCAAGACGCGCAUAGACCUAAAACAAAAGACAUUUGGAUUCAUAAAAGAUGGCUUCUUGCUUGGUCCCCGAUUUCCCGGCCGUUAUGGUUGCUCUCGAGCAUUUAAAGGAACUGGACCAAUGGCUGAAAGAGGAGGGAGUACCGUUCGCACCUGAAGCCAGCCUCCAUCUGGCAGAGAUGACGGCUGCUAUUACUGACCUGGAGUCGGACCGACGUGCUGCCCAUGAACAUUUAGAAGUGGAAACCAUCGAAAACAGUAAGCUAAGAUGCCAAAUUAACAAUAUACGUGAACGAAUGAGCCAGGAAAUCAUGACAGACGUAACAGCGGCCCGGGCUUCUAAUGCUGAAGAGAUAGACCUGCUGCAUAGAGACCUAAACGCCGUCUCUCAGCUACAAGAAGCCACUGUGAAGAGGCAUGAAGCCCUAUUGAGCCAAAACAAAGCACUUUACCCUCAGCGAGAUCAAGUGAAGGCUGAGAACGGAGAGAUCAUUGCCGCUCUCAAUGAUCAAUUCAGCCAAAAAUAUGGCUUGCAAAUGCGUCUGGAUCAUACACAGGAGCAGAUAGAGGAGCUAAAGUCCUGCAUCGCCGCGGUCGAACAGGACAAAAUAACACUUGAGCAAAAUAUGGCACUGGGGAGAGAGGCUUUCAGUGUGAAAAAAGACAACCUGUCCAGAGAAGUGGAUCAGAUUGAUGAGAAAAUUAAGCAGCAGAAGAAAGCGAUCAGGAGGAGCAGAAGAGAGCUGAACAGAGUUAAUGGCAAGAAAAAAGAAACCCAGGACCAUCUGGGAGAAGCCACGACUGAUAUGGUCAAGGUGGAGAGCAAUUUACGAAGACUGACGGCGUCUCGGUGCCAGUUUGAGAAACAGCUAGAAGGAGAGACCCAGACGCAUCAAGAAUUGAGGGAACAGAGAGAAGCGCUGAAGAAGGAGUUGUGUGAGUUAGGAGAAGCGUUCAGCUUUGCCAUUCAGCGUCUUAAAGAGGAAAUUGCCACAGUGGAGGGUAAAAUAGAGGAGGGCCAAGCUUCAAGGUUGCGCUGUCAAGACCUCCUGGUUCAAAUCUAUGAGACAUUCAAGCACCAGAACGAUGAAGAGAACGAAGUAAGGGGAGGGCACUUCCACGUCUCACAGCAGCUGGAGCACUCCAAGCUGCAGCUGGAGGAACGCAUUGCAUCCAUAGUCAAACACAGUAAUGAGAUCAAAGAGAUGGACAAGAAGAUCAGAGAACUCCUGGAAGCUGACACGAUCAACAAGCGUGUGUUUGAGAGGAAUCGGGAGGAGCUGUGUGGAAACAUGGAUGCAGAGAAGAAGAACAUCAGCCAUCUUGAAGAGGAGGAGAGCAGGCUAAGGAGACUCCAGGAGGAGGCGAAGAGGAAACAGGAGGAAUAUGUCUCAGAAAUGACCUCUUACAUCAGCAACACCAGGAGGAGAUACGAGGAGCUGCGGCAAGAGGAGGCCGCACUCCAGCAGCGUCAGCCCAAGAGCGUAGAUGCCAACUUGCUAAUGAGACACGUGACCCAGUGUGAGGUGGAGUACAGACAAAUAGAGAUCAAACACCAUCAAGAAAUAGAGCAAUGCACUGCAGAGACUGAGAGCAUCACAAAGAGCAAUGAGGAGAAGCAGAGGGAGGUGAAGGAAAAAGCGGAGAUGCUGAAGGAGGUGGAGGCAAAGUGGAAUGAGGAGCAAAGCAGGCACCAGAGACUGAAAACACUCCACUCCGAGCUGAGGCAGAGGAGGACUGAGCUGGAGCUGUCGAUUCAGGGGUUGAAGGAGAAAACCAGCUCUCUGCUUCAGCCCAAAGAGGACAUGAAGGCUGAGCUGGAGGAAAUGCGAGCAAGUUACAUGGAUGUGCUCGACAAACAGGCCACAGAGCUGAGAGCUGUAGAAAUGAGCAUCUAUGACAAUAGCGUGAAACUGGAGCAGGUCAGCAUGGAGAACAGCAGGCUGCAUCUCUGUAUCAGACAGAUGACAGAUGACGUUAGCAGAGCCAGGAGGAACAAAGACAGAUACUGGCAGGAGAUCCACCAGUUCAACCAGGACAUAAAGGCCUUGUUUGAGAGUUUACAGGAAGCAUGGAGAGAGGAUUUAUUGGUAACUGAGGACUGUCAGAGCAGUGAUGAUGUUUUGUUGAUGUCUAUGAGUGCUUUGUUGAACCAUCUGAAGACUAGGAGACAGCAGUUAGGAAAUGUCAACACUCUCCUACACCAACAAAUGUUAGAUUUCAGCAAACGACUGGGAGACAAAACAACCAUAGACCAGCAUAAUUGAGAUGAUAAAAGUGACUCUAGUUCUUCUCUCGAAGAGUCACAAGUGUUUUUAUGAUUUCAAAAAAACUUUUAAACUGGAAAAAAAACCUUAAUAAAGCUCAA